CUGUAUUAAACGCGUCGGCGUAUUCAAUAUUCACCAACUUCUUCUCCCCUUUUAUCCCCCCCUAAUUUCCCCCAAAAUUCAUCCACAAACCCUAACCCUAAAUCUUCAAAUCCCUAAAUUCUUCAUCAUCUUCUCAAAUCAAUCGAAUUCACUUCACCCCUGCGUAUCUCCGAUUGUGAAUGGUGGAAAUCCUCUGUAAUUGGUUGAUGAUCUCCCCCCUUUCCUCACGGGGGAUCUCAAUUUCUCCAUUCUUCACCUCCGCUUUCUGCUUCGGAUCCUCCAAGAACAGCUGGUACCACCGCUGCGUCGGCCUCGAUCCCUGAACAACAACUAUUCCCCACCGUCCGAUCUCAUUGUAGCUUUUUGUUAGAUUGAAUUCGGUUAAUUGUUUCGUUAUUACAACGUGUUUGUGUUUAAUUUGAGAAAAAAAAGGAUGUUGAUGUAUAAGCAGAAGAAGAAUCAGGCCGGGAAAGGGGUUGGAAGGAACCGGUUGUUGAUUAGUAUUACAGUUAUUGGAAGUGCCGGUCCGAUCCGGUUUGUGGUUAAUGCGGAGGAGGUUGUGGCGUCGGUUAUGGAUACGGCGUUGAAGUCGUAUGCUCGUGAGGGGAGGCUGCCGGUUCUUGGAUCAAAUAUUAAUGAGUUCGUGUUGUAUUGUCCGAUUGCUGGGACCGAAGCGUUGAGUCCGGUGGAAGCUAUCGGAUCAUUUGGCGUUAGGAACUUCAUGCUGUGCAAGAAGCCUCAAGCGGUGGUGGAGGAGGUCGGUGAUGGAAAGCCGGUGACGGUGGGAAUAACGAGGAAGAACUCCGGCAGCUGGAAAUCAUGGUUUAACAAAUCACUCAAUCUUAAAGUUUCUACUCAUUGAAUGCUAUGCUUGAUUGGAUGCAAUGUGGGAAGUUAUCUUCUCUAAUAAGGUUUCGUCUACAGUUUCAGAAAUUUAUUCGCUUCGUGUUUCUUUGUUUUGGGAAAUAAUUGAACUUUGAAUUUGAUUCCCAGUUGAAUAAAUGCUUUGAAUUUUAUGAUUGGUAAUUCUGUAACAACAGUUAUGUUCUUUGAUGAAUCUUUAAGAACAAUGGUGAAAUAAAUGAUAUUUGUAUUUUACGAUUUAAA